AAUAUUUACUUUUCGUUUUAAAGAAUCGAUUCGCUUCCUGGUCGCGGCUUCAGAAUAUUUUUUGAAUGCAGUCUACGGCUGAAAAGUUGGAAUUUAUAGUUGAAGUAUGAAUCGUGAGGAUUUAGAUGAUACAUAUGAUCUUCUGUCUCCAGUACGUAGGGGAGAAGGUGCGUACUCCGACUCAUUUGAAAGUUCUGACAACGAAUCUAGUCCACAAUUUCGAUCGUCAGUAAGUUUUAAAUCACCUUCCAACUCAUUCAAGUCAUCAUCAUUCACAGCAUCUUCGAAGAUUCCACCACCUAAGUAUGCAUCAACUACGAGAUAUCAACAAGACAAACCCAAAAAUCUUGUCCCGUCGUCAGCGCCAGGCCCCUCAUCUUCUCCACGAAAAGGGAACGAAUAAUUCGACGAACUUCGCCAUUGAAGGAUCGUAAUUCUCAUGACAACACUAUUGAAUUAAUGAAAAUGCCACAAGAUGGUGACAAAAAAGAUUUGAGUGUUUGGGAAGAUUGGUUGAUCAAAAAGUUACAACAGGAGAGAGAAGACAUAAAAAUACAGAGACAAGUUGAAAAAGAAGAAAAAGAAAGAGAGGAAAGAAAAGAAUGGAAAAGGAAGAUUUAAAGAAAAGAGCUGAAUUAAAACAUCAGCAGUGGUGUGAAGAAAAGUUAUUGAAGAUGAAGUUACAGACGAAAAUUGACAAGCGUGAACAAAUGUUGAAGGAAGAAAUGAAAGUUCAAGAAAAACGAGAAAUUGAGAGAAAAUCGAAACAAGCGUACGAGAGAUGGGUGGAAAAGAGAAAUGAAAUUGAAAAAGAGCAAAAAGAGAAGGAAAGGAGAAAAAAACUUGAAGAGAAACAGAAAGAGGAUGAAAGAAGAAGGAAAAAUGAAGAAUGCUUUCAGAAAUGGCUGAAAAAAGUCAAUGAAAAACAAUGUGCUUCUCCAAGACAAGGUACAGUGAGUGAGUAUCCCGCACCUUCUUAUCGUAAUCCAGCACCGUGGAUUGGCCCACUAGCAGACAAAGACACCAAGGAAUCAGUACGUCGCCAGCACAAAAUGAUGAUAGCAGAAAAACAUGCAACAAUUCGACAAAGACCAAAAACUGCGAACCAAAAAAGAAAAGGGCUCGUAAAAACUGGCCCAGAAAAGGGCAAAGGAGUGUUGAUUUGUAGACCUGCUACUGCAGCACCCUUGUUUUAUAACGUGCCAAUUAGGAACCCCCAAAACUUUGUGCCUGAACCUAAGAGAGGCAGUUUUAGGGGAAGAUCGUAACAUCUCGAUUCUUAGUGUGUGAGAUUAGUUGAUAUUUUAUGAUGAAAUAAUAAUUUAUAGACUUGUAGAAUGUAAUUUAAACCAAAGUGAUCGACAUAGCAGCGCUGAGGCCGAUGUUUGCUGUUAUAUUAAGAGGCAAAUGUGAUUUGGAUAUUCAAAUAUAACUUGUGGCUCAUGUUUGGAAUUCA